UCUCGCAUGAAUCUCCUAGACCCCUUCAUGAAAAUGACAGAAGAACAGGACAAAUGUAUCUCCGACGCCCCCAGCCCCACCAUGUCGGAUGACUCCGCCGGGUCUCCCUGCCCCUCUGGAUCCGGCUCGGACACGGAGAACACCAGACCCCAAGAAAACACCUUCCCCAAGGGUGACCCCGACCUGAAGAAGGAGAGCGACGAGGACAAGUUCCCGGUGUGCAUCCGGGAGGCGGUGAGCCAAGUGCUGAAGGGCUACGACUGGACCCUGGUCCCCAUGCCGGUGCGGGUGAACGGAUCCAGCAAAAACAAGCCCCACGUGAAGAGACCCAUGAACGCCUUCAUGGUGUGGGCACAGGCGGCCCGCAGGAAGCUGGCUGACCAGUACCCGCAUCUGCACAACGCGGAGCUCAGCAAGACCCUGGGCAAGCUCUGGCGGCUGCUGAACGAGAGCGAGAAGCGUCCCUUCGUGGAGGAGGCCGAGCGGCUGCGGGUGCAGCACAAGAAGGACCAUCCCGACUACAAGUACCAGCCGCGGCGGAGAAAGUCGGUGAAGAACGGGCAGUCGGAGCAGGAGGAGGGCUCCGAGCAAACCCACAUCUCCCCCAACGCCAUCUUCAAGGCGCUGCAGGCCGACUCCCCGCAGUCAUCCUCCAGCAUCAGCGAGGUGCACUCCCCCGGGGAGCACUCGGGGCAAUCGCAGGGCCCCCCCACGCCCCCCACCACCCCAAAGACGGAUGCGCAGCCGGGCAAGCAGGACCUGAAGCGGGAGGGCCGCCCUCUGCAAGAAGGCGGCCGGCAGCCGCCCCACAUCGACUUCCGAGAUGUGGACAUCGGCGAGCUCAGCAGCGACGUCAUCUCCAACAUCGAGACCUUUGACGUCAACGAGUUCGAUCAGUAUCUCCCCCCCAACGGCCACCCGGGGGUCCCGGCCACCCACGGGCAGCCCGGCCAGGUCACCUACACGGGCAGCUACGGCAUCAGCAGCACGUCGGGCUCGCAAGCCGGGGCCGGCCACGUCUGGAUGUCCAAGCAGCAGCCGCAGCCGCCGCCGCAGCCCCCACCACAGCCCCAGCCGCAGCAUGGGCUGCCGGCGCUGAGCGGCGAGCAGGGCCAGGCGCAGCAGAGGACGCACAUCAAGACGGAGCAGCUCAGCCCCAGCCACUACAGCGAGCAGCAGCAGCACUCCCCGCAGCAGAUCAACUACAGCUCCUUCAACCUCCAGCACUACAGCUCCUCCUACCCCACCAUCACCCGCUCCCAGUACGACUACACCGACCACCAGAACUCCAGCUCCUACUACAGCCACGCCGCCGGCCAGAGCAGCAGCCUCUACUCCACCUUCACCUACAUGAACCCCACACAGCGCCCCAUGUACACCCCCAUUGCAGACACUUCUGGGGUCCCCUCCAUCCCCCAGACCCACAGCCCGCAGCACUGGGAACAGCCCGUCUACACACAGCUCACCAGACCCUAAAGCCAU